AUGCAGACACGUCAAUCCAAAUCUGCAAACCACUCACUUCCUGAUGCUGGAAAUGUGCGAAAGAGACCAGUGCCUACGGCACGAAAGGAUGAAUGGCAGGACAGCAGUGACGAGGGGGAAGGCAAUAAUGCUACCGUCCCGAAUCUCAAGGGCAGCAGAUACUUCAGCUUGGGCAUGACCAACAGCCCACCGAAGAAAAGGCUAGUCACAAGCAAAGGACCUCGAUUCAACAAAAUCUACAAGCCAAAGGGAGCAGAAGCCAAGAAGCCGUCUCAGUCAAAAACUGCAGUCGACUUUCGAAACCGCAGAGAAGCGGAAGAAUCCUACAGAAAGAAAGUCUGUGCCCUUAUCGACGACGAUAUCCUGCAGCGAGUUGACGCAGAAGGAGGGAUUACUCCUGUUGGAAGAAUGUACAAGGCCAUCUGCCGGAUGAUGGAGCGGCAAAGUAAGAGCAAGCAACCUGGGGCGAACGGGGCCAGUCACGAUGAAGUUAUGAGGUUGAGAGCUGAGAAUCAAGCGAUGAGGGAAAAGAUCGAUGAAGCAACUCAACUCUUGCGUUCUGCGUGA